UUCGUUGUGACCUGUGGCGUCCCGCUGUUCCUUCUGGAGACGACCAUAGGUCAAUACACUCAGGAAGGAGGCAUCACCUGCUGGAGGAAGCUUUGCCCACUGGCAGAAGGUAUUGGCUAUGGCGGGCAGCUGAUUCUCCUCUACAGCUGCAUGACCUACAUCAUUAUUCUAUCAUGGGCUUUACUGUUCCUGGUGUUCUCCUUUAGCCCCCAGCUCCCCUGGGCCAGCUGCAACAACUAUUGGAACACAGAUAACUGCGUAGAUUUUUCAGCACAUAAUAAUACUUUUGCAUGGACUAACCAGACAAACGCAACGUCUCCUGCCACCGAGUUCUGGGAACGACGAGUGCUUGCUAUUUCAGGAGGAAUUGAUGAGAUAGGCAGCAUCAGGUUUGAGGUGCUAUUGUGCCUUAUUGUUAUGUGGAUCACUUGUUACUUCUGUAUCUGGAAAGGGGUGAAGUCUACUGGAAAGGUGGUGUACUUUACUGCUACAUUCCCCUAUGCGAUGUUGAUAAUUCUUUUGAUCCGUGGGCUGUCACUCCCAGGGGCUAUGCAAGGUGUCUUAUUUUAUCUGCUGCCAGAACCCUCUCGACUCACAGACCCUCAGGUUUGGAUGGAGGCUGGGGCUCAGAUUUUCUUCUCAUACAGCGUGGGUGUGGGCUCCUUAACUGUCCUGGGGAGUUACAAUGCCUACAAUAACAACUGUUACAAGGACUGCCUGUGGCUGUGUUUACUAAACAGUGGCACCAGUAUUGUGGCAGGGUUUGCAGUGUUCUCUGUGCUGGGAUUCAUGGCUCAGGAGCAGGGUGUUCCAAUAAGUGAAGUGGCUGAGUCAGGUCCAGGCUUGGCAUUUAUUGCAUACCCUCAGGCCGUGGCCAUGAUGCCUCUGCCCCAACUGUGGUCCAUCUGUUUCUUCAUCAUGCUCAUUCUAUUGGGUCUCGACACACAAUUUGUUGCCAUGGAGGUGGUGAUGACAUCCAUCAUAGACAUGUUUCCUGCUGUAAUGCGCAGGACAGGCAGACGAGAGCUUCUCCUCUUAUUCUUCUGCAUCAUAUGCUUCUUCUCUCAGCUUGUCAUGAUUACUGAGGGAGGGAUGUAUGUGUUCCAGUUAUUUGACUACUAUGCUUGUAAUGGAGCCUGCAUCCUCUUCCUCUGUGUGUUUGAAACCCUGGCACUGGGAUGGGUAUUUGGGGCAGAGCGGUUGUACAGCAUCAUAAAGGACAUGACAAAUGUGAAGGCCAACCCAUUCUUCAAAAUUUGCUGGCUUUACCUCACACCCCUGGUCUCACUGGGCUCUUUUAUAUCUUCAUUAGUUUGGUACCAACCUUUGACCUUUAAUCGCUGGUAUGUGUACCCAGACUGGGCGUAUGUGUUGGGUUGGAUAAUGGCCCUCUCCUCUAUUCUGCUUGUGCCAGGAUGGGCUCUCUAUAAACUGGGAACUGGUUCUGGAAACCUAUAUAAGCGUCUCCUUCAUCUGUGUCAACCUACCAGUGACUGCUCACAGAUCAGAAAGUGUGAAACUGAACUUCAGCACAUCAAAGGGGAAGAUCUGUAGGAGUUUGAUGUCAGCUGAAAUGAAACUACUCUAUCCUGAGGUUUUCUAAACUGCUUUUUGCAUCCACCUUGAUUCAGCACUAAGCUGACUCAGCUACUGAUUGUAAUAUCACUUUCUUUCCUUUAAGGUCUACAAAUCAAUGGUUGAGGGCAGCCUUUACCUGUCUCUUUAAUUUAAGUUAUAUCAUGAUGAAGGAUUCUUAUAUUUUAAUGAAACACCACAAAUGUGACAUCACCAACUUGUUGAUAGAGACAGACCAAACCAUAGACUCUUUCCCAAAAAGUUGGGAUGUUGUAUAAAAUGUAAACAAACAGAAUAUGAUGACUUGCAAUA